AUGCCAUCAGUAUCACAAGCAAACAUUUUUAAAGAAGCUAAUCUUGUUUUCGGUGUGAGUGGAAGUGGCAAAAGUUCGACAAUUAAUAAUCUAUGUGGUGAAGAGAUAUGUAAAGUCGGCGAUGAUGAAAGUUCUGUAACACAAAACUGUAAAUUAGUUUGUGUAGAACGUAAAAAUUCAACUUUUUAUGGAAAAUAUUUUUUGGAUAUGCAAGGUUAUAAUGAUACUCGACCAGAACAUAAUCAAGCUAAAAUAUUUGAAACAAUGAAAUUAUAUUUUCUGGAAAGUGAUAUAACAAUAAUAAAAUCUAUUAUAUUUGUUAUUAAUAUAUCGGAAGCAAGAACUAAUUUUUAUCGACGAUUUUCUGAAUUUUUAGCUCAAUUAUUUCAAAAAGAUCAAGUUGAAUCUAAUUCGAUUGUUAUAUUAACAAAAGGUGAUAGAUUAGUACCAGAAGAAAAAGAACAGAAAAUUGAAAGUAUUCGAAAAAGUUUAUCAGAACUUGUAGCUAAUUAUGGAUGGCCUGCAAUGCAAAUAAUUGAAUGGUCAAAUAAAAAAGGAAAAGCAUUACCAAAUCAAGAAGAUAAACUGUAUAAUGCUAUUCAACAACUUAAUGGAUUUAAUUUAAAAACAGUAUUAAAAGAAGUAGAAAAGGAAAUUGAAUUAAAAGUCCAAGACCUUUAUGAUUCGCCUGAUAAUAUUAUAACAUUGAAACAUGCUGCAAAACAAGAAUUAAAAGAGUUUCAAACUGAUCGACAAGUAGAAGAUCAUAUUGUAAUUAAUUGUGAUAGAAUAGAAUAUGUUACUGUGCCGGCUCAAACUGAAGAACGAACAUCAAUUGCUGUAAAACUGGUGCAUUUCAGUGGACAUAUCGCCGAUGAAGCUGGAGAUGUUGGCAAAACUUUCAUGAAUAUCUUUGGCACAGUUGGUGGUAUAUUAGGCACCAACUAUAUUGUUUCGGCACUGACGGGUAGAGACUAUUUCACAGAAACUAAAGACCUACAAUUUGACCAUAAAGUUACAAGUAUUACAUUCGACAAAACUCCUGCUGAUAUUCGUCUUCUUGAUCGGUUGGAUUAUACCAUAGAUCCAACAGAUCAACGUCGGGUAAAAGUUUCUGCAUAUCUUUCGUGGGGUGGAUCUCCAGUUCUUAGCUGGGACUUCGAUAUGAGAGUAACUGCAACACUCAAACAAACUGUCGUCACAAGAGAAGAAUACAAAAAUAAAGUUGUCAUUCCACAACAACGAAUUGAAAAAAUUAUAAAAACUGUUACCGAUACGGAACAAAGAUUAGUUACAGUAAAAGAAGCAUAUGAAGAAAAGAUACAUAAACGUACAAAAGAAGAAAUUAAAAAAUUAUUAAUUCAAGAACGUAUCAACAAAUUAUCAUAA